AUGGGUCUCGACUACAAAGUCUUCACCAGCAGACAUUCCGGUGUGAGCCGGACGACACCGGCUGGUCAUGAUGAGCUUAAGUGGGUGCCGACUACUUCGACCUUAAUAUUUGGCCAGAGAGAUGCAGUCCUAGUCGAUACCCAGUUGACCAUGGCUGCUGCGAAAGACCUGGCAGACUGGGUAGUAGGCACCGGGAAAAACCUUACGACCAUGUAUAUCACCCAUGCCCAUGGUGAUCAUUUCUACGGUACCAGUGGUCAGGUUGGGCAUACGGAUACAGAUGAUACAACAGCUCUCUGGGUUCCUGCAAUUGGCUUGGUUGUUGCGGGCGACGCAGUCUACAACAAUACCCACCCAUACCUGGGAGAAUCAAAGUCCCAAGAGGCCAGAUCGCACUGGGUGGCAGCGCUCGAUAAGAUUGCGGCCCUUCAACCAAGGAUUGUCGUCGGCGGCCAUAGUGAUCUAUCUAAAGAAUUCUCCCCGGAUGCCGUCCAAACAACCAAGGAUUAUUUGAAUGACUUCGCGCGACUGGAUGGACAAACAUUCACCCCUGAGGAAUUAUAUUCGCAAAUGAUGGAACUUUACCCUACGAGAUUGAAUGUCGGCUCGCUAUGGGGAGGUGCAACACUCGUGAAGAAAUGA